AUGUCAAUAUCAAUGGCAACUUCACCUCACACUCAUCUUCUUCCCCAAAACCGGAAUCACUUUUUCAAGAAUCCCACUACCCACAACACCAAUUUUAUUACCCUUACCUCUCAACGAACCAACACGAGUUUCAAGCCCAUCUCCAUCAAAUGCGCCACCACCCAAGCCCAACCGCUGACCCAGGAUGGCCCACCGGCUCAGACCCAUUCCCAAGAUCGGGUCUUCAACUUCGCCGCCGGUCCCGCCACCCUGCCGGAGAAGGUUCUCCGGCAGGCCCAGUCUGAGCUCUACAACUGGCGCGGAUCCGGCAUGAGCGUGAUGGAGAUGAGCCACAGAGGCAAAGAAUUCCUCUCCAUAAUCCAGAAAGCGGAGGCAGAUCUGCGUACCCUUUUGGAAAUCUCGUCGGAAUAUUCCGUCUUGUUCCUCCAAGGCGGCGCCACCACCCAGUUCGCCGCCCUGCCGCUUAACAUCUGCAAAACCGGCGAACCGGCUGAUUACCUUGUCACCGGUUCAUGGAGCGACAAGGCCUUCAAGGAAGCUCAGAAGUUUUGCAAACCCAAUGUGAUUUGGUCUGGGAAACCGGAAAAGUACACAAAGAUUCCAUCUUUUGCUGAUUUGGAGCAGAACCCAGAUGCCAGGUAUUUGCAUAUAUGUGCAAAUGAGACCAUUCAUGGUGUUGAAUUCAAGGAUUACCCAACACCCAAGAAUCAAAAUGGGAUUUUGGUGGCUGAUAUGUCUUCAAAUUUCUGCUCUAAGCCAGUGGAUGUGUCCAAAUUCGGAAUGAUCUAUGCUGGUGCUCAGAAGAAUGUGGGGCCCUCUGGGGUCACCAUUGUGAUCAUAAGAAAUGAUCUGAUUGGGAAUGCUCAGGGUAUGACCCCUGUUAUGCUUGAUUAUAAGAUACAUGCUGAGAACAACUCACUUUACAAUACCCCUCCUUGUUAUGGCAUUUACAUGUGUGGGUUGGUGUUUGAGGACUUGUUGGAGCAAGGGGGUUUGAAAGAGGUUGAGAAGAAGAAUAAGAAGAAAGCUGAGAUUCUCUACAAUGCUAUUGAUGAGAGCAAGGGCUUCUAUAGAUGCCCGGUUGAGAUGUCAGUGAGGUCAUUGAUGAAUGUGCCUUUCACAUUGGAGAAAUCAGAGUUGGAGGGUGAGUUUAUCAUGGAGGCUGCUAAGGAAAAGAUGGUUCAGCUUAAGGGACAUAGGUCGGUGGGUGGUAUGAGAGCUUCGAUUUACAAUGCCAUGCCUUUAGCUGGGGUUGAGAAGUUGGUGGCUUUCAUGAAGGAUUUCCAAGCCAAGCACACUUAGAGAAGGACACACUGAUUCUUCCUAUGCAUUUUGUCUAAUCUCCAGAGUGUCACUUAUAAAAAGGUCUCCAGCAGUUUUGGCUUUUUUAACUUUUUGUGUGUCAUGCUUUGUCCAAAUUUGUGUCCUAGUUAGGAUUUUUCAUUUGCACUUUGACUUUGUUUUGGGAUGGUUUUGAUUUCAGCCAAAAGGGGAAGCCAAGGAGUUUAGUUUCGAUUUUAUUAAUACAUCUAUUUUGAAAGUUUGUAUGGUUUGAGUCCCAUGUGAAAUUGAUAUUAAUGGAUGUAAGAUGAAA